AUGACGUGUAAUCCAGAAUGGGAAGAAAUCCAAAAUGAGCUUUUACCCGCACAAACCGCACAAGAUCGUCCAGACUUGCUUGCAAGAGUUUUCAAAUCAAAAUUUGAAGAAUUGAAAGAUGAUAUUGUGGUUAAAGGGGUUCUCGGAAGAGUUAUUGUAUAUGUGCAAGUCUUUGAGUUCCAAAAAAGGGGUUUACCACAUGCACACAUGCUUAUAAUUCUCGAUGAAGAUGAUAAAUUGCAUAAUCCAGAGGAUUACGAUCGAGUUGUUAAAGCAGAAAUACCUAUCAAGAGUGUAAAGUACUUAUACAAAUAUGUGUAUAAAGGCCCAGAUCGUGUCUUUAUGGAAGUUAGACUAGGCCCAAAUUAUGAUGAGGUCCAACAAUACGUUGAUGCAAGAUGGAUAGACAACAAGUACAUUUUAGACCACAUGAACCAAUUGCUAAUGUUUUGGAGCGAAGUAAAAAGACAAUGCUCACUGAAAUUUUUUUAUAUGAAUACGAUUGAUCAUGAUGCACGAAAUUAUCUAUAUAGAGAGUUCCCUGAGCAUUAUUGUUGGGAUCAUAAAAACAAAACAUGGACACAAAGAAGAUCUCAUAAAAAAGUAGUGGGCAGGGUAUAUACUGUUUCACCAUUUGAUGGAGAGAAGUUCAAUUUGCGUGUUCUUCUUAAUCAUGUCAAGGGGCCAACAGGAUUUGACGAUUUAUUGACUGUGAAUGGGAUAACCUAUCCAACUUUUAAACAAGCAGCUGAACAUAGGGGUUUACUAGAGAAUGAUAACAGCAUACGACAAUGUCUACUUGAGGCAAGAGACAUUCGAAUGCCAUCAGCUUUAAGAAGAUUGUUCGCAAAAAUAUUGAUAUUUUGUUUACUAAUUGGAGUAAGAGAAUUGUGGAAUGAGUUCUAUCCAUAUAUGAUAGAAGAUUACCCAUCAACAUCUGUUACAACAGAGACACAUCGUACAAAUAAACUUCUCAAUGAUUUAGAGGCAUUACUCUUGCAACAUGGAAAGCAUAUUACAGAGUAUGAUUUGCCGAUUUUAACUGGAGAAUGUGACAAUGAUUCAACUACACCAAGACUCAUACAAGAUGAGCUAACUAUUCCUAAUAUAGAUGAAGAAUUCACUUUAAUUGAGAAGUUGAAUAACGACCAGAGACUUGCAUAUGAGACAAUCAUGACAAUUAUUGAUCGUAACGAAAGCAUGAUAUUCUUCGUCGAUGGGCCAGGGGGAACUGGGAAAACAUUUUUGUAUCGCACAAUAUUGGCAGCCUUGAGAAAAGCUGGUCACAUUGCAAUUGCCACUGCUACAUCUGGCAUAGCAGCAACAUUACUCCCUGGUGGAAGAACAACGCAUUCCAGGUUUAAGAUUCCUUUAACUCUAGAUGCUUCAUCUACUUGCUUAAUAAGUAAACAAUCAGACUUAGCUGAGCUUAUUAGACGUGCCACCAUAAUAAUUUGGGAUGAAGCCCCAAUGGUAAAUCGACGUGCACUCGAAUCUUUAGAUAGAACAUUUAGAGAUAUUAUGGAAGUAAAUUUACCUUUUGGUGGGAAGGUGCUAAUUUUGGGUGGAGAUUUUCGUCAAGUACUUCCGAUUGUUCCAAAGGGUACAAAGGCAGAAAUGAUUGAUGCAUGCAUAGUCAAGUCCCCAUUAUGGAAAGAUGUCAAAGUGUUACAUUUGAAGGAGAAUAUGAGGUCUAGCAAUGAUGAAGAGUUUGCUGAGUACAUACAACACAUUGGUGAUGGGAAUGAACCAUAUAUAAUUGAUGAUUUGAUUAAACUACCCCCUUCAAUGGCAAUGCAAUGGGAGGGUCAGCAUUCUAUAUACAACUUGAUUGAUCAAGUUUUUCCAAAUUUACAAGACCAUGUCAAUGAUGCAAGGUAUAUGGUUGAUAGGGCUUUGCUAACACCUAUAAAUGAUGAUGUUGAACAACUUAAUGCAAAGAUAAUUUCUCAGUUUCCAGGAGAUGAGUUUACAUUACAUUCUUUUGAUGAGGUUGAAGGAGAUACACAACAUCUAUAUCAACAAGAAUUCCUAAAUUCUAUAUCUCCAGGGGGUUUACCACCACAUAUAUUACGGCUAAAAAAGGGUGCUCUAAUUAUGUUGUUGCGCAAUAUAGAUCCAAAAGCCGGAUUAUGUAAUGGUACAAGAUUGAUAUGCCGUGGAUGUUUUAACAACGUAAUUGAUGCUGAAAUUUUGACUGGACAAUAUGUGGGUACACGUAUUUUUUUGCCAAGAAUCCCUUUGAAGACAACAGAAAAUGUACACCUACCAUUUGUAAUGAUCAGACAACAAUUUCUUGUAUGUUUAAGCUUUGCACUUACAAUAAACAAAGCGCAAGGUCAGACAAUUCCAACUGUUGGAAUUUAUCUUCCUGAUCAUGUUUUUAGUCAUGGCCAAUUAUAUGUGGCAUUGUCAAGGGGAGUCUCCCAAUCCACUACAAAACUAUUGGUGCAAAAAGGCAGAAUACCUGAGGAGGAAGGUGUUCACACAAGAAAUAUUGUGUAUAAAGAUGUUUUGUUCCCUUCAUCAUAGGUAUUAAUUAACAAUUGAAAAGAACUGUCUUACAUAUAGAUUUAUUUUAAUAAUUUACA